AUGGUGCUACCGCUUUGGAUGAGGGGUGGUAAAGCCAUCUCAAUCCCUCUAACUCGACAUCACAUCCUUCAACUACCCCUCUUCCCUACCCUCCUCCUCCUCUUCGGCUUAUUCAUACUCUAUAACCAAAUACGUCCCACUCCACCCUACAGACCAUAUCACCCAUCUUCUCCUCUCUCAUCAAAACAAUAUGCAUUAUCCUCUUCACCAUUCGUAGUUGAUCCUUCAUUAUUCCUCUCUCCUCCACCGAUAAAUAAACCCGACUAUUUACCUGAUCCAUUGCCUCCCAAAAACCCAAAGAUGCUCAUUCCCAACUCGGUUCAUUAUGUAUAUGGUCUGAAGGACGUUAAAGAUGGUGAGAAGGGAGAGGAAUUACCGUAUUAUGCUUAUUUGGCGAUGAGGAGUGCUUUGAUCAACUUGAAGCCGGAAAAAACGUAUUUCCACUACAAACACCUACCUACCGGACCAUGGUGGGAUCUCAUCUCCCCUCAUCUCACGCUCAUACGUACAGAAGUGCCCGAUCAGAUAUACGGUAGACCACUAAAUCAUUUUGCGCAUAAGGCGGAUGUGUUGAGAUUGCUGGCUAUGAAGUACUCGGGAGGGAUUUAUCUGGAUAUUGACAUCUAUGUUAUCAAACCAUUCGACGAUCUGCUAUACUUCCCCACAACGCUCGGUAUGGAAGCUUCGCCUGAUUCUAGACGAUCAGCCUUGGAUCCCGAGGGAUUAUGUAACGCCGUGAUAAUAUCCACCCCUCAAUCACCAUUCAUCGACCGCUGGCUGGCCUCAUACGAGACCUUCGACGGUGGUGUAUGGGCUCACCAUUCAGUGGUGAAACCAUGGGAGCUUGCUAGAGCGCAUCCGGAAGAGAUCCAGGUAUUGAGUGAAAGAGCGUUCUUCUGGCCUAUGUGGCAUGGUGAGGAGGUUCAGAAAGUGCAUGAGGAAGGGGAAUUUGAUUUUGAUAAGACUGGGCAGUAUGCAUACCAUGCUUGGGAGUCGUUGGCUAUGGGCUACUUGUCGAAACUCUCGCCCAGGAGCAUAAGGGAGAAUGAUAAUUCCUUUAAUAGGAUGGUCAAGAAAUUUAUCGGACCGGAGGACGAUGAAGUGUAUAAAAGGUGGAAAGGGGGAGAUUAG